AGGUGGUUUUGUUGGCGACCACGGCGGCGCAGCCCGGGAGCGAGCUUAGGACGGGCGCCACUGCCGCAGGAGGCGCGAGGGGACAAAGGCAUUCGUUCAGAUGGCAGAAAACAGUCUUUCAGAAGGAGGCCCUGCAGAUUCUGUGGAAACUGCUAAAAAUGCCAAUAAUACAGAAAAACUCACAGACCAGGUGAUGCAGAACCCACAAGUGCUGGCAGCUUUGCAGGAACGUCUUGACAACGUCUCUCACACUCCUUCUAGUUACAUAGAAACUUUACCCAAAGCUGUCAAAAGAAGAAUUAAUGCUCUGAAGCAGCUCCAGGUGAGGUGUGCGCACAUAGAAGCUAAGUUCUACGAGGAAGUUCAUGACCUGGAGAGGAAGUAUGCGGCCUUGUACCAGCCUCUAUUUGACAAGAGAAGAGAAUUCAUCACUGGUGAUGUGGAGCCCACAGAUGCAGAGUCAGCGUGGCACAGUGAGAAUGAGGAGGAUGACAAGUUGGCUGGAGAUAUGAAGAAUAAAGUAGUCAUAGCUGAGAAAGAAGCAGCAGCAGUGGAAGAGCUGAACCCCAAAGGCAUCCCAGAGUUUUGGUUCACUAUCUUCAGAAAUGUGGACAUGCUUAGCGAGCUGGUGCAGGAAUAUGAUGAACCGAUCUUAAAACAUCUGCAGGAUAUUAAAGUGAAAUUUUCAGACCCUGGACAGCCUAUGUCUUUUGUGCUAGAGUUUCACUUUGAACCCAACGACUACUUCACCAAUCCUGUCCUGACGAAAACAUACAAGAUGAAAUCAGAGCCAGACAAAGCCGACCCAUUUUCUUUCGAAGGCCCUGAAAUUGUGGACUGUGAUGGGUGUACAAUAGACUGGAAGAAAGGAAAAAAUGUCACAGUCAAAACCAUCAAGAAAAAGCAGAAGCACAAGGGCCGGGGUACUGUACGAACCAUCACCAAGCAAGUGCCCAAUGAAUCCUUCUUCAACUUCUUCAGCCCCCUGAAAGCUUCUGGAGAUGGAGAAUCUCUGGAUGAAGAUUCCGAGUUCACCUUAGCCUCUGACUUUGAAAUUGGGCACUUUUUCCGUGAGCGCAUCGUGCCACGGGCUGUCCUCUACUUCACUGGGGAGGCCAUAGAGGAUGAUGACAAUUUUGAAGAAGGCGAGGAGGGUGAAGAGGAGGAAUUGGAAGGUGAUGAAGAGGGAGAAGAUGAGGAUGAUACUGAAGUUAUCCCCAAGGUGUAAUUUUUGUGUUAAUCAUUCAUGCGUUUCUAGAAAGAACCCAACCAGCCACCGGAGUGCAAACAGCAGUGAGAAGCAGCGACCCUGUGGGGCCACCUCGUGGAUGGCUAUCAGGACCGCAGGCCACAGGCAGGGGCCUCAGUCCCUGCCUAAGCAGAAUUUUGUUGACAGUGCUGUGACAUCUAACCAUUUCCAAGUGCAUGAUUCCUCUCCCCCUUCCCUUCUUACUUUGCUAAACUUGUACAGUGGAGACUGCUGCAGUCCAGAAUAGGAGAUUUAGUUGUAGCACCUGCAGCUUUGGUGCCUGAAGAUCACUUGGGGUGGGCCGAGGUUGUGCCUGGGAUUGACAGAGUCUGGUGAUUGUGUGCACUCUGCCCUCCCCUACUGAAAAGGCCCCAUGAUUUCCAGCCUCUGAACUGCGUGGGAAGCUGCUCCAGCUGCUGUGCCCUAGUCAUCUCCCAAGCACUGUAGAGGAAGCUGUGCUCGCCUUAGAGCAUUUUUUUUCUUGCGUUUUGGUUUUAGGGGUGGGUGGGUUGUGGCACACACCUCUGAGGCCAGAGCUGUACUUAUUUAUUCACUCGUGCUUGGGGGGCUUUGAACUUCACUGUCCUCCCACUUCUGAGAUCACGUCACUGACUUGAUCAGGAGGAUGUGACACCCAAGUGGAGUGAGGCCCAUGGAGGAAGCCCUGCUGCUUCCUGCCCCCAGCUGUGCUGUGCCAUGCAGACUACAUGUUGUUAUUGCCGCUGGAAGUUGGCAGGCUGUAGCCAGGGGGCAGACGUCCUCCCUCACAAUGGGUCUCUGGCCUGUAGAGUACAGCUUCAGUUUGUACUGUGCACACCAGAGCCACACCUGGGUUUUGUGACCAGUUGGUGGCUGGUGUGUGUGUGGGGGCGUUUCCGAGUGUGUGGGUUGGUCUCUGGUAGCCAGGACAGCCAUGUCCACAGUGACCAACCAUGUAGCUCAGCCUUACCCAAUAACACAUUUGUAACUGAAUACGGUGUUUUCAAUUUGUACAGAAUAGUUAGAAUAUUCUAUUAAAGUUGUGAAACACAAAGUGA